CGUGUCUGUAAGAAAACGAGCGUUUUCUCGUCGUUCGUUGUAACGCAAGUACAAUACUGAAUGUUCACCAUCAUCUCGUAGGCUUCUCAUCAUCACCAUUAGAGUUCCCAAUAGAAAUAUUCAAUUCAAUUUAGACCAUGAAGACUGCCUUUGUAUUGUCCACUCUCCUCGUUGGAGCCCAAUCCUUCGGUAAGAUCCGCAUAAAUGGAGAACAGCGUAUUGAAUUUCAGCGUGGUCAGUUACGGCAGGAAUUCUGGACAUAGGUUAUUUCGUUAUCUGACGACGCCCCUUCUGUUUCCAAACAUCUGUUGUUUCAUGGCAAUCUCAUUGUAUUAUGCUUGGACAGCUCCCGUUGCUCCUGGACGUGCUUCUUCUGCACUUGCCGGAGCCGUCCCUGAGGACCAAAUGUCUGAUGCGCAAAAGGAAAUCGCGGGCAUCCAGACCAAGUGGAAUGAAGUCAGACAUCUCACCCGAGAAGAAGCCAAGGCACAGCUUGACGGAGAAUGGCUUGAAGCCCACACCAGAUUCUAUGAUCAAUACGACGACGACAUGGAACGCAUGAUCGAAAUUUUGACUAAGCUCGAAAAGCAAAUCGAACCUCCUCGAGUCGAAAAGAAGACAAAGGGACAAAAGAGACGUGAUGCCUUUGCCAGAAAACAAGCACGUGCUGCCGCCUAAAUUUUUUCUAUAGCACUUUAUAUUCUUGAAACUGCAGUGUGAAAGUUUUGUGAAAGCGAUGAAAAUGUUAUAUUUUGAUUCUGUUUCGUGGGAUUGGAAAGUAUGUAUUAUGUCAGACGAACAGAGAAUCGAUCAACUUUAAUCUGAACCAAGGUUGGAUUUCAUUGGUGUACAUCAAAGGUGUUUAGGUUACAAAUUCUUUUUUAUCUUGUUGAUAUUAGUUUUGUUUUGUAUCGUAUUAAUCGAUCUUCGACGCAGGGAAGCCGAGGAAAGAAUUCAGCAAUCUUGGCAUAUCAUUUGGAUCCCCUCCCUGGUGUGGAACUGGAACAAAACCAACAAAUGAUUCCCACGUUUGUGAGUCGUUCAGUUUUUCGGGACUAUCCACCAUGAACAAGCAGCCUCGGUCAGCCAUAGCACCAGCAAGUUCCAUUUGAUGGUUGUCCAUUAGAUCCGUGUUGAUUACGACAACGAGUCUUUUCUUCAACCUCAAGACUUCCAUUACGGUCCCAGCACCGGCAUGAGACACAAUAAGAUCCGCCUCAGCCAUGUCCUCUAUCAAUGAGGGUCGAAAGUCGUAGGUUUUAAUCUUCAGAGAAGAUGGUGGAAGCUCGGGUUUCUCACCGCGACCGUAUUGAAUCGUUAGAGACGAAAACCCAUGCCGUUCCAUCCAUUCUAGUGCGACUUUGGAGGUAGAUAAUCUGACAAGCUUGUCAAAUCUUGUUGUGCCGACUGUAACAAAAACGUUCUUUGCUUCUUUGUCGGACACCGCUGGCGACGCUGAGCUGCUUCUCAUAAUAGUCCCCAAGCUAAAGUGAUAUAAAUGCAGUUCCGGCGUCGCAUCUUGACUAUGUGUCCGAAAGUUGAUAACAAACGAAGAACGGCAACAUGCGCGCGAAAUCAGACCGAAACAGCGGAAACUGAAUAGUACGUAGAUAGUACGAGGUCUACACGCUACGAGUAGUAAAAACAUGCUAAUAAUGCUCUUUCGGUAAAUACUACGAAGCACAAAAAUGAUAUUUUCAUGACUAGAACUAUUGAAAUGGUAAAAGCAAGAUGUUUGGCAUCCUCAUCGUGAUGCCUUCUUGCGAAACUGGAAAUAUUAGUAAGUGCUAAGUAGAAUACACCGAAUCUUAUAGAAGGCAACGUAGCAUAUCAAUAACUGCAAGUUGUCGGAUUAAUCAAUCGUCAGAAUCCUAAGCAUCUUGAUCUCUACCAAUUCCAAAUGGGCCACCAAGCGAAUGAUUUCCUCUCUGAUCCUGCCAUUGCAGAAAGUCUUGGGGUCCUUGUUGAGGACCAGGGUUGGCAAGUUGAGGUAUAUGUCGACUCUCUUCUUGAUAUGUGAAUGAUGUUAAUUGCAUGGACGUCAAUUUUAUUAUGUCCACAAGUAAAUCUGGCUCUGCCUUCAACUCGUCCAGUCCAAUUUGAAUACUUUUUUGGUUCAAAUUGUGCGUAAUAAACUCAAGAGCAAUAUCUUUCAACCCAGGUGCAUUAUGCUGGUGACCUGUUAACAAAACACUGGUCGCGUUUUCUAAAUUGAUUUCUUUCCGAAUGAUGUCUUCGCAUUUUGCCUUUAAUCUCUCCAACAUGAAUAAUUCACUAGCUAUCAGGAGAUUUAUUGCGAGUUCGGGCGAAACGUCACUCACGGUGUCUGUGUAAAGGAACUCAACCACUUUCAAAAAUGUUUGGUACGAAAUGUCUGGAAUUUCGAUGGGGACGUGAUUGUUGGAAGAUUCGGACAUAUGGCCAUUGAAGAACAUAGCCUGAAAGUAUUGAGAUCGGACACCAAGAACUGCUCUGUGACCGUGUAUUUCUUUACCUUCGAUUAAGAAGCAUACGUCUGCCGUAUCUGAGUCAUUCAUCAAACGUCGAAAAUCAUCAGCUAUAGAGGAAGGUGGAACAGCGAUUGGCUUGAGUCGGCACUUGUACAUAUCAUUCAUAACCGAAGUACCGUUAUAUCCAGCAAAAAGGUAAAGAUAGUUCUUGUACGUUUGCGCAACCAACGAAGAUCGGCCACUAGGAACAUUGUCGUUCGAUAAAUCAACUUCUGACCAAUAGUUUGAUUUGAAAUCAUAUGUGUGCAUAUCUGAAAGCCUUUUGCUGCCUGAGAAUCCUCCGAACGUUAUCAAUUUAUUUUCGUAUAACACGCAGGAGUGGAAAUAGCGUGGACUGGGUUUGCUUCCCUUGUUGUUCAUUUGUGUCCAGGUUUGCGUAUCUAAGCAGAAACGGAAGAAACUAAUAGGUGGCUUUUGGUCAGAGAACGACUUCUAGAUCACCUUGGUUUGUUUUGAUAAUCAAAACAUCCUUCACUGUCGUUUCUGUAGUACUUACUCAUCUUUUCGUUCGUUCCCGUCGUAUCCCCCAUGGAGAUAAAUGAAUUUUUCAUCCUUCGCCCACGCUGGACAUGAUCUUCUAGAUGGCAACGUUCCGUGCUGUUGGAUCUCGCUCCAUGUUAAGGAUUCAAAGUUGAAUAUGUACAUGUCGUUCAGCCAGUCGGAGCCUUCGAAGCCUCCCCAUACUAUGAACUUGUUGUUGUGCGUCACACUAACAUAUCCGAAACGACAACAUGGUCGCUUCCCCGAGAUACUUCUUCUGCUUUGGGUUGAAUUAUGCCCCCCAGCUGUGAGAGCCAUAUUUGCGAUGGCAUCAUUGCCACUGAGAGACCCAUCUGCUGCCGUUGGCCUACCAAGGCCGGCACUUGUCUCAUGAAUAGAAUCUGCGCGUCGUGAAUCAGAGGAUUCUUGGAUGCAAGUCCACCGUUUGGUUGUGAUGUCAAAGCUCCAAAGAUCAUUGAGCCAUCGUCUUCCGUUGUAUCCGCCAAAGAGAAUUAUUGUGCGACUCGAGCUGGAUAUUACAACGCCAUUGUUCUCACGACACCCCGGUUUUUCAUCUCCAGCAGGCUUGAUUUCUUCCCAUGAAGAAGUCGCAAAGUCAAACGAGUAGAAGUCGUCCAAUCUCCCCGCUCCUCCACCGAACCCACCGAAAACAUAUAGUUUAUCGUUCAGUACUACACUUGCAGCACCACUCCGGGGAGGAGGAAUGCAUAAUUCGUCUUUGUCGUUGAUUCCAUACUUGCCAUCGCCAGAUGAGUACGGAACUCGGGACCAACGGUAACAUUCCUGGUCGCAACGAAUGGAGGACCUCGAAGAAUUGGACGAUCGAUUUGCAGGCCCUGCGCCGUGACUUUMUGGGCCGGAACGAGGCAAAUUGGACAUCACUUUUGGAUUUUUUGAUUGCUUGUGCGGUUUGGAGCGAAGUCCAUAUGAUUGUGACACUGAAUUCUGUUAUCGACUCCGCCUUUCAGAGAUAGAAAUUGAGGGAAAUGAAAACAAGGAUCUCUCAGAAUACUUCAGAAGAAGACAUCAGAUAAACAUUUUUUACAUAC